AUGGCAGGGGCCAUGCUGGGCAUCUUGGUCAUCCUAGGGCUCCUCGGCAGUGGCCGUGGGAAGAACCAGGAGCUGAGCCUGUACCACCACCUCCUGGACAACUACGACCGGGAGAGCCGACCCGUGCAGGCCCCUGACGAGACAGUGACCAUCACCCUCAAGGUCACCCUGACCAACCUCAUCUCCCUGAAUGAGAAGGAGGAGACCCUCACCACCAGCGUGUGGAUCGGAAUCGACUGGCAGGAUUACCGACUGAACUACAGCAAGGACAGCUUUGGGGGCUUGGAGACCCUACGGGUCCCCUCCCAGCUUGUGUGGCUGCCGGAGAUCGUGCUGGAAAACAACAUCGACGGCCAGUUCGGGGUGGCCUACGAGGCCAACGUGCUCAUCUACGAGGGUGGCUACGUGAGCUGGCUGCCCCCCGCCAUCUACCGCAGCACCUGCGCCGUCGAGGUCACCUACUUCCCUUUCGACUGGCAGAACUGUUCCCUCGUGUUCCGCUCUCAGACCUACAAUGCUGAGGAGGUGGAGUUCACCUUUGCGGUGGACGACCAGGGCAACACUAUUGACAAGAUGGACAUUGACACGGAGGCCUUCACAGAGAACGGCGAGUGGGCCAUCGACUUCUGCCCCGGCAUCAUCCGCCGCCAGGCCAGCACCGCUGAUGGCCCGGGCCACAGUGACGUCAUCUACACGCUCAUCAUCCGCCGGAAGCCGCUCUUUUACGUCAUUAACAUCAUCGUGCCCUGCGUGCUCAUCUCGGGCCUCGUGCUGCUGGCCUACUUCCUGCCGGCACAGGCUGGCGGCCAGAAGUGCACGGUCUCCAUCAACGUCCUGCUCGCCCAGACCGUCUUCCUGUUCCUGAUUGCUCAGAAAAUCCCAGAGACGUCUCUGAGCGUGCCACUGCUGGGCAGGUACCUCCUGUUUGUCAUGGUGGUUGCUACGCUCAUCGUCAUGAACUGCGUCAUCGUGCUCAACGUGUCCUUGCGGACGCCCACUACUCACGCCACGUCCCCGCGCCUGCGCCACGCCUUGCUGGAGCUGCUUCCUCGCCUCCUGGGGUCGAGCCCUCCCCCCGAGGCCCCGCGCCCCACCUCGCCGCCGCGGCGGGCCUCAUCGGUGGGGCUCCUGCUGCGCGCAGAGGAGCUCAUCCUGAGAAAGCCCCGCAGUGAGCUGGUCUUCGAGGGGCAGAGACACCGGCACGGCGCCUGGACAGCCGCGCUCUGCCAGAGCCUGGGCGCCGCUGCCCCGGAGAUCCGCUGCUGCGUGGAUGCUGUGAACUUCGUGGCCGAGAGUACCCGGGCGCAGGAGGCCGCUGGCGAGGAAGUGUCCGACUGGGUGCGCAUGGGCAAGGCCCUCGACAACAUCUGCUUCUGGGCGGCUCUGGUGCUCUUCGGCGUGGGCUCCACCUUCAUCUUCCUCGGGGGCUACUUCAACCAGGUGCCGGACCUGCCUUACCCGCCGUGUAUCCAGCCCUGAGCCCGCUGCCAGCCCAACAGGACAACGUGCCUUG